AUGGGGGGGAAUGAUUUAUCCUCAUUGCAAAAAUUACCUCCCACUUUAAAGCAAUUGACAUUAUCAGGACGCGGCUACUUCAAAUGUGGUGAAAUUUUCAGCAAGAUCCCAAUUGGAUUGAAUUAUUUGCACUUGUCGAACUGUGAUGCAAUGAGGUAUGCUGACACGGACUUUUCCAAAUUCAAGAAUUUAAAGCUACUCAAAUUAAGUGGCUGUGGAAUAGACAACUCAAUCGUCAACAACAUUCAAUUCCCCGACUCACUCGAAAAAUUGAAUUUAUCCGACAACACCAUUGAGUCUAUUGACAAAGUAAAAUUUCCACAGGGAAUUGUUAGUUUGUGCUUAGGUUGCAACCGCCUAAACCUUAUAGAAGGACACAAAUUUCCACAAACACUAAAAAAACUUGAUGUUUCCGGAAACAAAAUUAAGAGUGCUCGUCUUUUGAGGAAUGAACUUGAUGAAGAGCUUAAAAUUGAGAGUCUUUUUUUGGCUUCUGAUUCGCAUGGUUUAUCUUGUUGCGAGUUACCAACAAGAGUACAAACUUUACUCUUGGAUCAAUUCAAACCAUUUAAUGGCCAACGUAUUGGAGACAACUUGGUGAGCUCGCUGAUCAUGGAUUGCGAUAAUUUUCACUAUAUAAAUUUUGGAGCACAAUCGAAGCUAAGAUACUUAUCCAUGCACAAUUGCGACUUGGAGGGAUUUAAUAAAAGUUCUCUUCUGAGAUUAGAGGAAAUUGAAUUGUCCUUUAUGUCAAAAGUCCCUCAGGGGUUGGGCCAUUUGAAAAAGUUGCGAUAUUUUAUGCUUACUAAAAGUCCGAUUGAGCAUGCUGUUAUCAAUUUUUACUCCGACUCCUUAGAAGUGUUAGACCUUUCAUCAAACCGAAUAGAGAAUGUUCAAUUGACAUUCCCUGAUGGUAAUACUAACCUCAAACGACUCGAUUUGGGAGGAAAUUGUCUACAAGAUAUCUCUUUGGAAGACAUUGGACACACCAGUAAAAGCAAGUAUAGUGAUUUAUGCGAAUUAGGGUUAUAUGAUAAUAGAGAGUUGAGCAAUGAUCGGAUAACUGUUUUAAUACAACAAUUGAUAAUCAUGACAAAAUGUUUAUGGACGAAUGAGACCGUUAAAAUCUUUUACAAUCGUUAUGUAAAUAAUCAUUUGAUUAGGAAUACCAUAAAAUAA